GAUUUUUUUCCUCUUGCUUGCUCUUUCUUGACUUCCUUCUGUCACGCUGCGUGAGUCGUGUUCGUGUUGUCUCGUCGUCGUCGCGUUGUGCGGUUUUCGUGGGCGCUACACAAUGUUGUAAUCGACCAUACAGCACCUUCAACAUUCUUUAAAUUUUAGAACAAAAAUAUAUACAUCACCCGCUAACGUGUUGUGCAGCUAAUAGUUGAUAAAUAAGGGUCGCCGUUUUGGCAGUUAUCACAUGUGUUGAGUGUAAAAAAAGUUAAACAUCUAGUGCGAGAGUAAUUUUCGGAUAAGUUUUAUAUGAACGGCCGUUAGAUUUCUCGUUGCAAAUCUAUGGGAGAUAACUGGUUCCACGCUCACGUAACAAGUGACAAUGUCUUUCGAGUCUCCGCUUGACAGAUUUUGCGGCUCCAAGUUUUGGGACACCAACCUAACAUGGAACACAGACAACCCAGAGCUCACGGAAUGCUUCGAGAAGACCGUUCUCAUCUGGGUCCCCUGCAUAUACCUCUGGCUGGCCGCCUUCCUCGACACAUAUUACAUCAUCAACAGCAAGGAGAGGAACAUCCCAUGGAACCCACUCAACAUCAGCAAGCUGAUAAUCACGAGUUUGUUAAUAGUGUUAACGUUUGUGGACUUGGGAACGACUGUGCAUCGGUUCUCCAGGCAGGAGGAGGAUGUGUUCAACGUGGAUUAUUAUACGCCUAUAGUUAAGAUAUUGACGUUUAGUUUAUCAGCAACACUACUAUAUUACAACCGAAAAUACGGCAUGCGAGCAUCAGGGGUCCUAUUCUUCUUCUGGCUAUUCCUAGCUAUAGCCGGCAUUCCCCAACUGCGGUCUGAAAUUUUCCUACACAACCAGAAAAGAGAUGACGAGAACGUACAAUAUGCGUUCGUCAGUUAUUGCCUGUACUACAUAUUGGCGGUAGUCAUGUUUAUACUCAACUGCUUUGCCGACUUAGCGCCUAGAGAUACGCCGUACAAAUAUGAGAAGAACCAAUGCCCCGAGAGCGCAUCAGGGUUCCCCAGCCGACUAACGUUCAGCUGGUUCGACCCCCUAGCCCUAACCGGGUUCCGCAGAAGCUUGACCGAGAGCGACCUCUGGGCGCUCAACCCGUCGGACUCGUCCAAGGAGGUCGUGCCCAAGUUUGACAAGUUCUGGGAGCGUAUGCUGAGGAAACAGGAGGUUUCCAGCGAAACGCGAGCGACGUACAGCAAAACAUCGGCCAGUGUCAACUUCAAGCCAGAAAGUGAAAGAAAACCCGCAUCCAUACUGCCUGCCUUGUGUCUGGCGUUCGGCCCGCAAUUCUUGUUCGGCUCGACCUUGAAAUUAGCCAAUGAUCUGUUGAUGUUCGUGUCACCACAGUUGCUCAAAUACCUAAUAGCCUUCAUAGGAGAGAAAGACACGCCAGUAUGGAAAGGCUACCUCUACGCGGUCGCCCUACUCUUAUGCGCCUCCAUACAAACCAUGCUGCUCGCGCACUACUUCACGAGAAUGUACCUUGUGGGCAUGAGAAUAAGGACUGCUCUCACUAGCGCCAUCUACAGGAAGUCGCUGAGGAUGUCCAAUGCGGCCAGAAAGGAGUCUACCGUGGGAGAGAUUGUCAAUUUGAUGUCGGUGGAUGCGCAAAGAUUCCUAGAACUGACAGCGUACCUUAACAUGAUCUGGUCAGCGCCGCUCCAGAUAGCCCUAGCGCUCUACUUCCUAUGGGGCAUCCUCGGGCCUUCAGUGCUCGCGGGGCUGGCCGUCAUGAUCGUGCUCAUCCCCGUCAACGGCUUCAUCGCCAACAAAGUCAAGAGUCUUCAGAUCAAGCAGAUGAAGUAUAAGGAUGAGAGGGUCAAGCUCAUGAACGAGGUGCUCAAUGGGAUUAAGGUUUUAAAAAUGUACGCCUGGGAGCUCAGCUUUCAGGACCAAAUUCUUAAGAUAAGAAACAAAGAGAUGCACGUGCUGAAACAGACGGCGUACUUGAAUUCUGCGACGUCAUUCAUAUGGUCUUGCGCUCCUUUCCUGGUGACCUUCCUCACUUUCUUUACGUAUGUGAUAAGCGACCCCACACACAACCUGACGGCAGAAAAGAUAUUCGUCUCGAUGUCCCUAUUUUUCAUGAUACACCUGCCGUUAGGGCUCCUGCCUCUCAUCGUGGUCUCAGUCAUCGAGACUUCAGUGGGUAUAAAACGAUUGAACAAAUUCAUGAACUGUGAUGAAUUAGACAUGAACUCGGUUGAACACGAUCCUAAAGAACCGAACCCCUUGGUAAUGGAAAACGGGAACUUCUCCUGGGGCGACAAGGAAGCAGAACUCACCCUAAAGAGCAUCAACUUGACAGUGCCGAAGGGUCACUUGGUGGCCGUAGUUGGAGCCGUGGGGUCAGGCAAGAGCUCCCUACUAUCGGCGUUCUUGGGCGAGAUGAAUAAGAUCUCUGGACGGGUUAAUACUAAUGGUAGCAUAGCAUACGUCCCGCAACAAGCCUGGAUCCAAAACGCAACGCUCCAAGACAACAUUCUAUUCGGCAAGCCACUAGCACAGCAAAAGUACAGCGACGUCAUCGGCAUGUGCGCGCUCAAGCCGGACUUCGACAUGCUCCCCGGCGGCGACCAGACCGAGAUCGGCGAGAAGGGUAUAAACUUAUCCGGCGGCCAAAAGCAGCGCGUAUCACUCGCGCGAGCCGUAUAUUAUGACGCGGACACGUACUUCCUGGACGACCCCCUCAGCGCCGUCGACUCGCACGUCGGGAAACACAUCUUCGACAAGGUUCUUGGCCCCAACGGUUUACUAAAAAACAAAACCCGCCUAUGGGUCACCCACAACGUGUCGUACCUGGCUCAAACCGACCUGGUAGUGGUCCUGAAGGAGGGAGAGAUCUCGGAGGUGGGCAGCUACCAGCAGCUCCUGGAAAAGAAGGGGGCUUUCGCCGAGUUUCUGCUGCAUCAUCUUAGCGACACGGAGAGGACUUCGCCUGAAGAACUGGACGAAAUCAAAGACGUGCUUCAGAACAAACUUGGCACAGAAUUCAAGGACAAACUGCAGAGGGCCCGUUCUCUCUCGGAAAGCACAUCGGAAUCUGACCAGGUUGCUACAGGAGACCGCGCAGGCAGCGUAAAGAGAAAAACGCCGGAAGCGACACCUGCAGAACUAAAGGAAAAGAAUAAACUCAUUGAAUCUGAGAAGGCUGAAACUGGCAGUGUUAAAUGGAGCGUAUACAAACACUACCUGAUGAACGUGGGCAUUCUGGCGUCCGUCGUGACCGUGCUGAUGAACCUGAUACUGCAGGUGUUCCAGGUCGGCUCCAACUACUGGCUCGCCGUCUGGUCCAACGACGGCGACAUGCUCGUAAACGGCACGGUGGACAAAGAAAAGCGCGACUUGUAUCUCGGCGUGUAUGGUGGUUUGGGCGUCGGGCAAGUGAUGUCGGUGUCGGUGUCGUCGCUGGCGCUGUACCUGGGCACGCUGGCGGCGGCGCGCGCGCUGCACUGCGGCCUGCUCGCCGGCGUGCUGCGCGCGCCCACCAUCGGCUUCUUCGACUGCACGCCCGUGGGCCGCGUGCUCAACCGCUUCAGCAAGGACGUGGACGUUAUCGACAACGUGCUGCCCAUGACGCUGCGCGGGUGGACCUCCUGCUUCUUUGCGGUCCUUGGAACGUUGUUCGUCAUCAGCGUAUCCACGCCCAUCUUCUUGGUCGUUAUCGUACCCGUGGGCGUUCUGUACUACGUCAUUCAGAGGUUCUACGUGGCGACGUCGCGGCAGCUGAAGCGGCUAGAAUCCGUGUCGCGGUCACCGAUAUACUCGCACUUCGGUGAGAGUGUUACGGGUGCGACCACUAUACGCGCUUAUGCAGUCACGCAAAGAUUCGAGGAGGAGUCCGAACGCGGCGUCGACCACAACCAGUCCUGCUACUACCCGAGCUGCAUAGCCAACCGCUGGCUCGCGGUGCGGCUCGAGAUGAUCGGCAACCUCAUCAUCUUCUGCGCCGCGCUGUUUGCCGUGCUCGGCAGGGAAGACGGCAACCCUGGCGUCGUCGGCCUCUCCGUCAGCUACGCUCUGCAGAUCACUCAAACUCUUAACUGGUUGGUGAGGAUGACAUCUGAAGUGGAAACUAACAUCGUCGCAGUGGAAAGAAUAAAGGAAUACGCUGAAACGCAGCAGGAAGCCGUAUGGACCGUGGAGAAGGGCCCGGGCUCCACGUGGCCGGAGACGGGCGCGCUGCAGCUGGAGGGGCUCACGCUCGGGUACCGCGCCGGCGAGCCCGCGCUGCGCGGCGUCACCUGCGCCGUGGCGCCCAGAGACAAGCUCGGCAUAGUGGGCAGGACGGGCGCCGGCAAGUCCACGCUCACGCUGGGGCUGUUCAGAAUCGUAGAAGCCAUGAGCGGCCGGAUCCUAAUCGACGGUAUCGACAUCUCCACCAUCGGGCUGCACCAGCUCCGCUCGCGCAUCACCAUCAUCCCGCAGGACCCCGUGCUGUUCUCGGGCACGCUGCGGAUGAACCUGGACCCCUUCGACGCCUACUCCGACGACGACAUAUGGCGGUCGCUGGAGCACGCGCAUCUCAAGAACUUCGUGCAGGGUCUAUCGGCAGGCCUGCGACACGAGAUAGCCGAGGGCGGUGAGAACCUCUCCGUGGGCCAGCGGCAACUGGUCUGCCUGGCGCGAGCUUUGCUGCGUAAAACGCCGCUCCUGGUCCUGGAUGAGGCCACCGCGGCCGUGGAUCUUGAGACCGACGAGCUUAUACAGAAAACGAUCCGAUCCGAGUUCGCCGGGUGCACCGUGCUGACGAUAGCGCACCGCCUCAACACGAUCAUGGACUCGACGCGUGUCAUGGUGCUGGACAAGGGGCAGCUCGUGGAGUACGCGGCGCCCGACCAGCUGCUGCAGGACAGGAACUCCGUCUUCUACGGCAUGGCCAAGGACGCCGGCCUAGUCAGUUAAGAGCUUACACUAUCUUAAUUUGUGUCGUUUUCAAGCAAAAGGUACCACAUUGUCGCUUGCCAUAAGGACGCUCUGGCAGGUUUUUCGUAUAAAGAUACAAGUAAUUUUCGUCCUAAUGGUAAGCGAAAUUUGGUACCUUUUGAUUGAAAACGUCGCAUUUAGUGACUAACAAGAGGGAUGACGCUAUACGUGAGGAACGAUAGGAUGUAUCUUAUCGCGUCUCGCGUAUAGCGGCGUCCCUCUUGUUAGUCACUAAAUUUAGCAAAGUGUAAUUAAGCCCUUUAGGCCACGCAACUGUGAAGUGUGAAGCCUCCUCCACACUCGGCGCGAAGCCGCGAACGCGAGUGUGGAGUCUAGUUCGCUAAUCAGCGAAAUCGACUCCACACUUGCGUUCGCGGCUUCGCGCCGCAUAGUCUGGAGCGGGCUUGAAACUAACUAUUCAACCUAGUUCAAAAAGUCCCCUUUCUAUACGGCCACAUCUCAAAAUGUAUGAUUAUUGGAGAUUCAAUCUUAGUUAAAAAUGAUAAAAUUAAGUUUCAUUUAAAAAUGUUGGUGGCUACUUGCCAAAUUGCAGGCACGAUGUAUCUUUGAGAUAUUAUUACUAUAUUCAAGCCAUUUCUAACUAUUACUUACGUAUAAAACCCGCACAGAAAACCAGUAUUUUGCGCCAUGAGUUGAUGUUGUUUUGACAACAAAGCAUAAUAGCGGAGCGAAGCGGACCUAAACGCGUAAUCGCCAUGAAUUUUUACGGCGCUUACGACGUUUUGGUCCCGUGGUACAGGUUGUUAUUGUGACUUGGUGAUUUGGUAUGUUUUCUAUAGUAAUAAUAACUUAAUGAAUUGAAAUGAAGAAACGUUGAUUUAAAUUAGUUAAAGUAAUCAUAUUUCACAAAAAAUAUUGAAAUCGAUCUCUAAUGAUAUGAUUCUCCACUUAAGUUUGUGCUUGCCCUUUGGGCCAAAGCGCUCUUAACAAAGACGUGUACACUUGUACAGUUUAUCCUUGGGUUUAAGGUUAAUCCUAGCGUAGUAUUAUCAUCACAAGAAAUGCAAUGUACCUAAAGAUCUAAAUAGAUCUCAAUGCCCCAGCAAAGCAAUACACGGUGCUAUUUGUUGCUCGUCUACGGUAUUUAUUAGUGGUAUCAUCGCCCACACUCUUAACUGUCCAUCGGACCUUACGCCUUUUGUAAUAAUGGAUGGAUGGAUGGUUGCUGUUUGUACCUGCGUUACAUUACAGUAUCUUGUCGGAUACGAUCCAGAGCCGGAUUUAGAGGUCUGAAGGCCCUCGGGGCAAAUUUUUCCGAAGUCCCCGAUUGUGGAGGCCCCUCUUUUAUGGAGGCCCUAAAUCCGGCCCUGAUACUAUCCCAAGUGCCAGGUCGGAGUGCAUCUUAGUGCUUAGGGAAGAUAUUUUUGGUUGUCGCGAUAAUGAUCCAGUGAACAAUAGUUCGAAAAUCAAUGUGGUUACAAUUUUUGCCAGUGAUAUUAUAGUAUGAAUAUUCGUAUAGCGCGUGAAACCGUACUGAUCUAAAUAUUUUGAAAUAUGUCUCACGAUAGUUUAAUUUCGAGUAUACAGUUCCCUCCAACGAUUACUAAGUUGCACGACGAUUUGGUUAAAAAGUGACGUUCCACGGAUAAACGUUCCUUAUUAUGGCACUUACGUCGCGUAGUAUUGGAGCGUCUUUAAUAACGGCGUAAGCGCCGACCGUCAUAAGGUACCUUUACCCGUGAAACGUCACAAAUUAUUAAAAUUAAUUAAUUUAUAAUAAUAUGGAUUACUCUGGUGCAAAGGGUUAUUAAACAAAUAUAUAACUGUAAUAUACUUUUACGUGACCCUUUUCGCCGGGGAUGGGCAAUUUCGGUUCUUUUAUGAUACUUACGAAGCCUUAAACUGAAAUUGUAAAUAUGUAUAAGUACUUAAACUAAGUACUUAACACUUAAUUUCAUUUUUAUUCGUGACAUCUUAAAACAUUUACGUUUUACAGUAAUUUUAUAUUAAAUUUAAUGAACAUGAGGUUUUGAUUAUGAUUUUAGAACUUGUUAUUAAGUAUGUGUUACUACAUUUUCCUCCCUCACUGCCUUCUAAAUUGAGAAUGUUAGGUUUUUUUAUGAAAUUGUCUCGAAUUUGUUAUUUCCUAGUUAAUAAUAUUAUAUAAAUAAAACAAAAAAAGAUCCUCAGAUCAUUGUUGUAUGGUAAUGGUAAUCUAUGUUAUUUUUUAUAUUCAUAAUACUUGAUUAUCUAAAAGACAUUUAUGUUUUAAUAUUUAUAAUAUUGCAAUAUAUAAUUAGUGAGGCAAUAUUACAAUUUACAAAUUGUGAUUUUGGAUACUUAAUAUAAAUAUUCUUAAUUUCAUACCGUCACAAUACAUGUAUGUACUUAAAUUGUUUUAAAGCACAGUGCUUUGAACAAAUUAUUAUUACAAUACUAACAAAGAAAAUAAACAGAGACACUGUACAAUUAGCUCCAUGCGUGAAUUUAUUUUUAUUUUUGGAUUCAUAAUUUAUAUCGUUGGAACACCGGAAAUGAUAAAAAUACUUUUGUAAACCUUAACAUUAUUUUAUUAAAAAAUAUUUAAAAUGUUGAAAAUUUUUGAGCGGUUGAAACGCUCAUAAUUUUUGGCGCGAAUUCGACAGAGCGUGAUGACGUCACACGUUGGGCGGCCCAACUGACGUUUGCUACUAAUGACACUAAUCUGUCGAACGCGUGACGUCACGUGGCGUUUCGAGCGUUUCGCUCGCUAGCUUUUCGCGGGCAAAUUUUUGUACUUUUUAUUUAUAAUUUUAAGUAAUUAAAUGGUAAUUUUAAAACGGAAAUGCAUUUGUAACAUGAUAUAACGGUAACAAACAUCCGAAUAAAACAUAUUUCGUUCAAAUAUAAACUUCAUGCAUGAGGCUAAUUAGGCAUUUGUUAUGUACCCAAUUUCAUUUUAACUUUAUUGUAACUUGUUCGCAGAUAUACGUAUUGUAAAAUUUGUAUAAAAAUGUAGUAAAUAACUUGUUGUUAUAUGUUAAUGGUCCUUUGUAAUAUGCAGAAGGUUCAAAAUAAUAUAGGCCAUGCCAUGGUAAGCAAUACCUCAGAGAGAAAAAUAAAUGCAUUUAUGGAUAAUAGUACUAAGCAGAUAUUUGCAACCAGUGAAUAAAUAUUUUAUAUAUGUAUCUAGUAGAGCCUCCAGGUAUAUGUAUGUAAUGUCAAGAAAUUUAAUUUCAGUACCAUUGUACGGUCGAGAAAUUUAAUUUCAGUACCAUUUCGUACCUUGCCAGUGACAAUAGUAUGAGGUCCCUAGCGGCUUUCAUGUCACUGUGGCAAGGUACGAAAUGGUACUGAAAUAAAUUCUUUGACGGUUCCUACAGUCGGAAACUUAGUUACACCACAGACAACUAGACUAGACAAGGCAAGAAAAGUGAGAAUUAGUGGCGAUUUAUGAGAAUUGUUCCUUAGACGAAUAAAAAUAUCGGACAUCACAGAAAAUAGGUAACCGCUAUGGGGGGUGGCCGACGUUAAGACAAGACAGGUGCCAAAGUGUGGCAAAGUCAUCAUUGAUAUCAGAUUUCUAUGAAAAUAUGUGACGAUCCACGGGUAAAGAUACCUUAUGGCGGUUGGCGUCACGUAGCACCGCAUUAGUACUGGAGCGUCGUUAAUAAUAGCGUAAGCGCCAUAAUUAGGUAUCUUUAUCCGUGGAACGGCACAUGCAGUUUAUAAUGUCACCCCGUCACUUUGUUCUGUUAACUGCAAAGUUAGCGUAGACGGCCUGUAGAGCCGCGAUUCGAUUACCUUAUAUUAUGCAAACAUGUGUGUCGUUCUCAAGUAAAAGGUGCCACAAGGACGCUCUUACAGGUUAUUCCUAUAAAUGUACGCAAAUUUCACCCUUUUGGUAAGCGACAAUGUGGUACAUUUUACUUGAGAACGACACAUUUCAUUGGUAUUAAUUCUAAAUGUACAGUUACAUGUAGUACAGUCGCCAUCAGAUAUAUCGGAUUGACCGAGGUGCUCACAAAUAUCUGAACACGCCUGUAUUGUCAAGGCGUUGGAGUGCGUGUUCAGAUAUUUUUGAGUACCUUGGCCGCUCCGAUAUAUCUGAUAGCUACUGUACUUAGAACUUUUAGCAAAAAGGUACUUUAACGUAUUUAAUUCUCGUCAGUCGAGUUGUCUGUGAUUAAGGCCAGAACACACCAGCUACGUGUGCAUAAAUGUGAACGUGCGUGUGCGCUAAAAUGUUUGAACCGCGCACGCACACGUAACGCAAGCAGUGUGCCGUCUCUCAUAAGAAUCUGCACGCUGCGUCAGACAAAUGUGCACGCAAUCAUAUUAAAUGUAUGAAACCGAUAUGCGUCACGACACAACACAACACGACACGACACGUCAAAUGUGGACCGGGCUUUACAAUGCGCUCGUUCACGUGUACGCACACGCACCCGGUGUGCACACUUACAGGCCUGUAUCCUCGACUAUGGAUGGUAUAGAAAGGAUGCCAAUCUCUUAUGGCAGAAUUGUUGCAAAAGUGACCGCUUUCAGCUUUAAGUAAUAGUUCCUAAUCUCUCCCGUGGCGCUAGUUAAGCUCUGGGACAUGAGUAUAACAUGAACCAUAUAAGGCAACAAAUAACCCGACCAAAUUACGUAGUUUGUUUUUGGUAGUAUUUCGGUGUAUGGUGGCGCCGCCUAAUUACUGUUUUUUGAUGGACACUUUUCAUACAUAGAGAUUUGGCUCCUUUAUAUAGUCUCCAUGUCCUCGACCAUCAUAGUUCCAAGUGCGUGGAACAGAAAUACAACAGUAUUGUAUAUAAUAGUUUGUAAGGAGAUAUAUCUUGCACGGCAUUUUAAUAAAUCACAAUAGAUACAGUGAUUUCAUUAUUAGUGGUAUAACUAUGUGUACUUGGCCUUUGUAAUUCAUAAGUAGAUACUUAAAUUGCAUUCGAGAAUGAUAUUUUUAUAAAAUAACUAGAUAUCUUCUUGCUAUAUAAUAUUCUACAAUAUUAAAUUCACUUUUAAAUAAGUACUUACCUAUUUGUAUUUGUUUGAAGGCAUUUAUAAACUAUUGCUAAACUGCCAACUAUGAAACUAUACUAAUUGAAGUGCCAGUUUUAGUUCAUGGUAUACAAUAUAUUGCCUUGUUAUUGCAAAAAAAAACUUACUUUAAAAUAUUAUGAUCAUAUCCAAAACAGCUUAUAACGUAACCUUAAAUGAUACAGGUGUAUAGAUGUACUCAAUUAACUUGCCUUCUUAAUUUUAAGUGUGUUUUUCAUGUUUCACUGAAGUAUUUUGCGUCACUUUGGUACCAGAGGACGCCUUUUUGAACGUUUUGUAGAUUUAGUUCCAUACUUACCUAUUGUUAGUUUGGUUUUCAUGUUGAAUGCACAGAAAAGUAGGUACACAAAUAUUUAAAUGUUUUUAUUAAGUGACGUGGCAUUUUUAUAAAACUGAAUUUAUGAUUAUUGUUGUAAUUAUUAAUUUCUAUCGAAUUACAGUGGUUCCCUUUAUAAUAAAAUUAUUUGUAAUAAA